CUGAUGUACAAGGUCCCUUCAAUGAAAUACUUUGAUCAAGUUACUCUACACAUAAAAUGCCUCAUGGCUGGCUGGUGUGUUUGAAUGAUCGGUAAAGUGGGGUGUGCUGCUGUGGCAUGCUGCGGUGGUGUACUGCUGCCUCUUUGCCCUACUGAGGACCCUGCGACCAGUGACAUCAUUAAAACAUGUUCCUUCCGUCCGACGCUGUGUGGUGCUACUCCGGCCGAACGUGAACUGCUAGCAAACCAGCAGACAAAAGCAACAAAGUGAACCCCCCUCCGGAUCAAUCAAAUGUGUCAUAUUUAACUGUUUAGGAGCCGAAACCCAGGGAUCACGCGGUUAUACUUCACAGUGAGUAUCGUGAGCGCAUGUUUAAGUCUGAAAAUGGUCCGGGAUCGCUAGGACGUCGUGGUGAGCGCUGGUCUGAUUCGGAUCCCGUGUGGUUCGUGUGUUGCCACGGCUGGGUUCUGCCUCGCCAGGUUAGCUUGUAUGUCCUGUGUGUGGCCUAGCUGGCAGCUAACCAGCUAGCAGUCGUGGUGUGGUCCGAAAUUAAUAAAAAAAAAAUUCCACGAGGUCGCGUUGAUUAAGUUGUUAUAGAGUUUGUAAUGUGUGUAAUAUUUGUGUUACUGAGCCAUGUGACGGAGGAGCCGUACCUCAGUGACGUUUUUGUGUGUUUAUUAGCCUUGCGGCUAACACAGUUAGCAUUGAGAUAGCCUCCGUGGUGUUUACUGAUGAUGUAGCCUAACUGCCACAAAUGUGUCAUUAAAAUGUUUGGUAUAGAUGGGUACCAGGAUUCAAACUAGCUCCCUGAUUUUCGCCUGGUGUUAUACAGCCCACCUGAGCUUGUUUUUAAGUAACCACGGACACGUUGGUGUGUUGUGUGAAUAGUAAAGCUGGUGAGGUUUGGCAUUUUUCUGCUGUCCUCUCGCAUCUUCCUGAAUAGCACUUUAGCCAAACCCGGAAAAACUGGCUGUCAGUGCUGACUUAGGAAAUGGCCUAACAUUACUCUUCUGAAAGUGUCCACGCUCAUGAAAACACGAACAAAUACAGAAUAAAGGAUAUCAUAGGAUGACGUGGUAAGAUCCAUAUGAUCAGAUCAUGAUAAAUGAUUCAUUAUUAGUUUAACCAUUGAUCACGGAUAGCUACGUGCUGGACUGGAUUUGGGUGAUACUUGUGUGGGUUGGCUCAUGUCCACAGAGCUGGAGUGUCUUUGAACGCAUUCUCCUGGUUCCGUGUCUGUAUCAUUCACGCUGUAUGUUACUAUGUAAAGAUUAAAAAACGGGAAGCACCGAUAGUUGUGAUGUUUUUGUAUAUUUGUUUUCUGUUUGAUAUUUUCUUCUGAAUGAUAAAUACAAGAUCUAUCCUUUACGACGUUAUUUUUGAGGACCAAGAACAAGGUGAAUCUUUAUUUAUACUGAACAGACCAACCUUUCCUUGAUUUAACUGUUCGCAAUGCAUCUGUGAAAAAUAUAUAUAUGGUCACAGUAUAGUAGGUCACCUAGUUUAUUAAGCGUGUCCUCUGAUACAGUUGAACACUACUAUUCAUCAUAAGAGGAAGUAGAUUAUGGUUAAGUAUUUUGCUAUAAAACGGGAGUCACUUGGGUCACGGUUAUUACACCUGUGGGGUAAGACUAACAAUUUGUAAUGUAUCUCAUAGUUGAAAAAAUAUGUUUUAAUGUCUUUAUAUGUUAUAGGUAGUAUGUUUUGAAGUGCUGUUGUGUUUGACUGACUGUACUGAACACAAACAAGUGAAUGCAUCUAUGUGUAUUUAAUUAAAUAGACAUAAACGGAAGAAAUUACUUUUAGAUUCCAGUCUAGCAGUUUAAAAUAGCUAAAAAAGAAAAAUAAAAGGUAAAUAUUGGGGUUAAAACGCAGGAAGAAAGUCACUUCGCUUAGGUAGUAUGUUUUGAAGGAUUUGUGAUACAUCGAUAAACGGACACAAAUAUUGGGUUAUGCUAUAUAUUGCUAAACAUGGCUGAUAUUGCUAGCAAUACUAAACAUUACAAUACAAUAUUACCAGUCAAUGACUGUUUAUGAUUUUAUAUGCUUUUAUGAGGGGAUAAGAUGGAUGUGUUAUCACUUCGGAAAGAUACCGGUGAUAUUUACCUUGUGAGAGCCAGUGCUGAUGUGGAGCAGAUUAUGUCAGGAUGCCAAUAAUCAGCCAACCAAUUAUCCUUAACAUACACACACAUUUUCACAAUGGCAGGACAAUUAUUUCAGUAAUACUGUGCUGAAAAUAUUUUCGUAGUCUAUCCACAUAAGUAAUGGAAGUAGUUGUAAAAGAGGGAUCUCUGAAAUUCCAAAUCCUGAAUGCCUCGAGGUGCUGCUGAACCUAUUGCUCCAUCUGCUAAAGUGAGGUGUGAUGAAAACAGCCCAACUAAAGUAUCUUUAUUUACCAUAUUGGAAGUAGGAAUAAUGAUUUUCAGGAAUAUGAAUAGACUGAUUUAUAGGGGAAAAUAAUUUCUUACUAAUUGUAAAAAAAUAUAUACUUUUGUACCAGGACCUGGCUGUAAUGUGGUAGAGCUGCCACAUGAUGGCUGUAGCACACCCUAGAGCUGAGUUCAGUGCAUCAUAAAAGAAGACAAAUGUACUAAUGCUAGAGUCUAGUAAAAUAUAUAGGUUUCCUCUAGGUUUUGAAGAACUUGAAAUAAAUUGGGGACAAGUACAGAUUUAAAUGGGUAAGGCUUACCUCACACAAGUCUACAAUAACUGGCAUCAGGCGCACUAUGAUUAAUCAUUGAGACCUUUGAUUAUUGAAUGGUGUUUUUGCUUGACAUACCCACCCCUUGAUAAAAACUGGGUUCUUUUUAGGCUUACAAAUUAAAAUGAAACAGGGCUGCUUUACACACAGAGUAAAAUUAUGAUAAAUUCAAAUAUUUCAAUUUUUUACACCCCAAGGCUACUUUGUGAGGAAAAACAACAAUGGUCAACAAGGGCAAUGAGAUAAGACUAGAAAUUGGAAAUUUACAGCAAGCAUUUGGACAGAUGGCAUGGCUGCUUUGCAUUUAGAUCAAGUUGAAUCUGUUUUACAAAGUUUAAACAACAUCAAAAUUAAUUCACAAAGCAUGUUUGUCUUCAAGAAUAUAAAAUACUUAUUUCCCCCCUUUUUUCCUCUCUCUGUAGAUUGUGUGUGAAGAAGCAGAACUCCUCCAGGCCUAAAUGGAGAAGGACAUGCAGGAGCGUUGUGUCCCUGACAGCCACACGCUUUACACAACACCUGCUUAAGAGCUGCAGAAUCGAUGACUACCCAUAGCAAAACUGAUCACAGUUGACAACGUAGACCUGUCUAUCCUACAGAAACCUUUGGGCUGCUGCUAUGGAUGGGGAGGAGGAGGUCUCUCACAUGAGUGAGGAUAUGGACAGUGAACCCAAUGGCUCCAUAGAAAACAAAAGAAGAGAGGCGAAAGGGACUUGCCUGAGAAUUGAAGGCCAGGAUGGCUACGUGUUCAAAUCCUACAGCAUUAACCCUCACGAGGCUGCAGAUUCCAACUCAACUGCUUGCUCCUCAGUAACACUGGAUAAAGACCCUCCCCCUGAUUUCCAUAUAUAUUCUCAGGAUGAAAAACAACAGGAGUCAGACCUGGCAAGUGAGACUGAUCCAGCUUCUCCAGCUCUUUCAAACAAAGGCCUCAACACAGACAAUGAGAGAAAUACAGAGAGCGAUAAGUAUGAAAAUGAAAAUGAAGAAAGUCAACAUAUCAAAGAGGAGAUUGGAGAAACCAAUGGGCUGGAGGAGGAAACCCAGGAUGAUGAAAGGUUAGCAUUUGGUAGCUCAAUUGGCCCCUUUGUAACCAGAGAGGGGGAUGACUAUAGUAAUUUACUAAGUGGAUACACAAGCACCCUUUAUGAUGUUGCCAUGGAUGCUGUCACCCAGAGCCUUUUGUCAUCUAUGAGGAGUAAUCCCAACCCAAGAAAAAAAUCUCCGGCAUGGAAUCACUUCUGUAUAUCACCCCGAGACAGUACCAAAGCAAUCUGUUUAUACUGUAUGAAAGAAUUCAGCCGGGGAAAGAAUGAGAAAGACCUCAGUACAAGUUGUUUAAUGAGGCACGUUCGAAGGGCUCACCCCACUGUGCUUUUACAAGAAGGAGAUGCAUCCUCAAAUAGUCUGAAUAGCUCUUUUGCCUCAUCUUUGAUACCUCCCUCCCCAAACUCACCAAAAAAUGGAGACUUGACUAAUAGCAUUAUUUCUUCUGCCUCAAAGAACACUUCACCGUCCACCUCCUCAGCUGAAAAUUCAGAUCUGUCAUCCAAAGAAGUGUUACCCAAAGUUGAACCAAAACUAGAACUAUAUGCCAACACAGACACUCUCUGCAGCGCACUCUCAGCAUCACAUUCCAACGAUAACAUCCUCGAAGACAUGUCAGAUGGGGGGCCAGAACGCCUUCCAGGGACCCCUAAAAGCUCCAGUUCCCGUCGGAGAUCAGCUGUAUGGAAACACUUCUACCUGUCACCUGCUGACAAUUCCAAAGCAGUUUGCAUUCAUUGCAUGAAUGAAUUCAGUAGGGGUAAAAACGGCAAGGAUCUAGGGACGAGCUGUCUGAUUCGUCAUAUGUGGAGAGCCCACAAAGAGGUUGUUAUUGAGGAAAAUGGGCAGGGCAAUCACAUUCCCCCACCUUAUUCAAACCCACCCUCACUGUUGUCCCGAACACAGCUACAGGAUCCCCUCGAAUUCAAAAAAGAAUCACCUCUUCUACCAUCCUCCCCAGAAACCAUAUCUGAUGAAUUACCCCAAAGCAUCGAGGAAAGCAUGGAUGUUAUAGAAGAAUCUGAUGAGGCAAUGCAUCUCUCAGGGCAAGAGUCUUCUGUCAAUCUUUCCUUCAAAAUUCAAGGGGAUGACACACCCCUAACCUCCUCACCAUGUGACCUCUCUGAGAGCCCCAGCCUAAAUCAGAAUCACUCAGUUUUCCAGCAAAACAAGAAGAUCAUGAAACGGGUGAAAUCUGAAGUGUGGCAUCAUUUCAUAGUGUCACCAGUUGACCAGUUAAAAGCACUGUGCCGUUACUGUCCGUGUGUCAUCAGUCGGGGAAAACGGGGUGACUUCGGUACAAGCUGUCUGAUGAGGCAUCUUAUGAGACGCCACCCAGACGUUCUCAAAAACCAAAAAAGCACAGAUGAGAAGGAACCCUCCCCUCAUCCCUACGCCGGUCUCACAGCAACAGAUGCAGUUUCAACCAAAGAAACUGAGAGCCCUGCUGAUGAGAAAAAGCCACAAAUUUUGCCUGUUUUCAGCAAAAAGACAUCAAAACUGUGGAACCAUUUUUCCAUUUCCCCUGCUGACCCCACAAAGGUGGUUUGUUUGCACUGUAGCCGCACAAUUAGCAGAGGCAAAAAGACUACGAACCUCGGGACAAGCUGCCUCUUCAGGCACAUGCAGAGGUUUCACGGACAUGUUCUUGAAAGUAACAAUACUAUCUCAGGUGAUGUGCCAUCUGCUGGAAUUCAAGUGAAACAAGAGCUCAUGGACACAUCUGUGUAUGAAACGGAACAGAACCCCGUGAGGUUUGACGAAUACCACCCGGUUGCCAAAAAAAUCACCAAACUUAUUGCAGAAAUGCUAGCACUGGAUCUUCAGCCAUCAGCCAUGGUGGAGAAUGCUGGACUUAAUAGACUACUAGAGUACCUCCAGCCACAGUAUUCUCUACCACCCUCUUCAUACUUUACCAGCACUGCCAUACCAGAUAUGUACGAAAGAGUCAAAGAUGUGGUGCUGACCCACCUGAAAGAGGCAGAGGGUGGUGUAGUCCACUUCACGACUAGUAUUUGGGUCAGUAGCCAGACCAGAGAAUAUUUGACCCUUACCGCCCACUGGGCGACAUACGAGUCAAGUGUCAGACCCCAGGGACAGGACUUUCACUGUUCAGCUCUCCUAAGUGUCUCACAAAUAGACUGUGAUCAUGAUAUGCAUAACAUCCCAAAGCAGCUUGAAUAUCUGUGGGAUUCUUGGAUCACCUCAUCAGGGCUGAAGAAGGGGUUCACCGUAACUGAUAACAACACUGUCAGAAACACCUUAGAGGACCAUGGCCAUGUCACCAUGCAGUGUUUUGGACAUACUUUAGACCUCAUUGUAAGCGAAGCCAUAAAGAGCCAGAGAAUGGUUCAGAACCUCCUGAGUAUUGCGCGAAAGAUCUGUGAACGUGUACACCGCUCAGCAGCGGCCAAGGAGAAACUGGCUGAGCUCCAGAAGGUCCACCAGCUGCCGGAGAACCAACUUAUCCAGGAUGUUCCUUCGAAAUGGAGAACCUCCUUUUUCAUGCUGGAGCGGCUGGUAGAACAGAAGAAAGCCAUCGAUGAGAUGUCGAUCGAGUGCAACUUCAGGGAAAUAAUCAGCUGUGACCAGUGGGAGGUGAUGCUGUCAGUCUGCAAUGCACUGAAACCUUUCGAAGUCGCCUACACAGAGAUGAGUAACCGCACUGCCACUCUGGGACAAGUGAUACCACUCAUUCACAUCCUCAACAGAAAGAUAGACCUGCUGUUUGAUGAGACUGUGGGCAUAGACAACAUGCUCAAGUCCUUGAAAGAAGCCAUGGUGAGCAAAAUAUCUGCGACUCUGCAUGACCCGCGAUACACCUGGGCUACCAUGCUGGACCCACGAUACAAGACGUCGUUGUUCACAGAAGAGGAAGCCGAGCGGUGUAAACAAGAUCUUAUCCAGGAGCUGGACUCAUCAUCUUCUACCUCAGUGGCAGUUGAGCCUUCUCUGCCCAAUGGCUGCAAUGAGGCCACAGUGUCAACCGACAGCCCCAACUCGAACCAGGACAACCUCUGGUCCUUAAUGGCUGAUAUCCGGCAAAAGAUAAAACACGAGGAAAAGCCAAAGUCCUCAGAGCUGGCAGUGCUGGAAUACCUUGAGGAAGAUAUACUUGAUCAAAGCUGUGACCCCCUUGACUAUUGGAACCUUAAAAAGUUCCUGUGGCCUGAUCUUGCCAAAGUAGCUGCCCGUUAUGUGGGCUGCCCUCCCAGCAUCGUCCCAGCAGAGACACUGUUCAGCACAGCUAGUGUGAAUUGUGCCCUAAAUCAGCCAAGGCCUUUGUUGGAAAAUAUGGAGGGUCUGCUGUUCCUCAAGGUUAACCUCCCUCUGAUUUAUUUUCAGUACUGAUUACUGUUGAGCAUUAACUUGAAAACCCUUUAUCAAGGACCAAGUUGCAUAGCUGUGAAAGGGGUUGUUGAGCAAAUGUAAAAUUUCAAUUUAUACACUGAUUAUUCUCGAGGCCAGAUUUUGACUUUUGUUGUACUACUGUUAAAACACUUUGGAGCUGUUGUGAUGAAAAGUCUCAGUCAAAAGUGUAUCAGGGAGGGAGGGUUUUUUCUAGCUGUAGGGGUUUGUUGAUAAUGUGUUUGCUUGUAAAUUGAUGUUUUCAUUUUCUGUGUCUACUCUCUCCUUGUGCCUUAUCCAAAACUACUUCAGGUCAAAAUGCUGUAAAUAUUUUGUUAAAAUUGCGCAAAUCACUUCAGGAUGCUUUUUUAAUAAUGAUGUAUUAAAGAUAGAUACAGAGUUGUUUUCUGGACGAAAACAUGGCCCAAAAAUAAAUGCUGUGACUGAAAGAUGUUUUUAAGUUAAUGUUAUUUAAUUCUCGUUGUGAUUUUGUGGCUCAUGGUACUGUCAUUUAGAAAUAGACCUUUUUUUACUGGCGGAAAUGUUUUUACUAAGGUCAUGUAUGGUAUUGCUGUAUUUUCAGAAUAAGCCGUUUUGUUUGGGAAAUAAAAUUUGUCUUUUAAGCACAAUUUAAGUUUAUGUCCAGGGGGUUUAAAUUAUGGGUUUAUUAUCGAGUAAAAUGAUGUACUGUACAUUUUUAUUUUAAAUUACUUCUGAACCUAAUUUGAUAAAUGUUUUAGCAUUGAGACUGGAACCAUGCAAAUUUUGUGGUCAUUUGUAAAUAAAGGUUUUCUAAUGCAACAUUA